UUUAUUUCCCAUCACGGACUUUUUUUUUGCCUUAGGCGCUCGGGAUUUGUCGUAGGCGCUCGGGAAAACGGCUUAGGCGCGCGCCCAAAUUUUCUCUAUGCAGGAAAAACCCUGUAGUGAUAUGGUUGUUCAUCCUAAAGUCAGUUAUGUUGGCUAACGUUGGCUGUGUGUUCAUUUUGUGCAGUUUAUACAGUGGGUUAUGAUAACAGCACUGAUGCACUGAAUUCUGCUGCUAGCAAAAUUCUGUUUUCACUACACAUAGCAGCGUUCAGUGAGCAACGAUAGUCGCUAGCAGAACGGAACUCCUGCACAUGUUGCGGUCUUAAACUGAAUGACCCGGAAGUACUAAUUCUACGUGCCAUGAAGAAGUAGAAGAGCCCGUCGUCGCAACCAUAGACAUAUAUACUGUAUAUAUGUCUAUGGUCGCAACCAAUUCAAAUAUUGGAAAGCUACCGUGCCUUUGUUUGUGAACCGCACGCUUUCUGCCACAUUACGCAAGAAGCCGUGUACAAGAAAACAACCAUUAUUUGAAUCUGGAUUCCCACAGAGAGCCACAUUGUCUCAACUUGUCAUCUGACUAUUCCAAAAGGAGAUGAAGGCAGAGCCCAGUGACUCUGAGGAGGGUAUUCCUAAUGGCAUCCCCCCGCCAGUCAAACGUGGCAGGGGUCGACCUAAGGGCUCUGUCAAAAGAGGUAGAGGGCGACCUCCCGGUUCAACAAACAAAACCAGGCGCCUCACAUUUAGCCCGGUCCGAAAGAGGGGGAGACAACCGGGUUCAGGGAAGGUCCAGGCUGCAGCUGUUGACGGACCCCCGCGAAAGAGGGGCAGGCCCCGGAAAAGGUCCCUGGAGGAAGAAGCAGACAGCCCCCCGAGAAAGAGAGGCCGACCCCGGAGCUCUGGCUCUGCUGUCGCCAAGAAGAAGCUGGAAAUGGAGAAUGGCGCUACACCGAAGAAAAGGGGCCGGCCGAGGGGCUCUCUAGGCAAGAAGAAAAGGCAUUGGAAGGCAACGAUUCCAGAACCUAAACCGCUCUACGACGGCCCACCACGCAAGAGGGGUCGACCCUUAAAAGUCAAACCAACUGACCUCCCCUCCAGUAGUGAAAAAGCAGAGCAGCCGCAGGAGGAGCAGCCGCAGGAGGAGCAGCCGCUGGAGGAGCAGCCGCAGGAGAAGCAGCCGCAAGAGGAGCAGCCGCAGGAGAAUCAGCCGCAGGAGGAGCAGCCGCAGGAGGAGCAGCCUAAACUGCUCUACGACGGCCCACCACGCAAGAGGGGUCGACCCUCAAAAGUCAAACCAACUGACCUCCCCUCCAGUAGUGAAAAAGCAGAGCAGCCGCAGGAGGAGCAGCCGCAAGAGGAGCAGCAACCGCAGGAGGAGCAGCAACCGAUGAGGAUGAACUUCUGGGUGGAGAUGAGGGUGAUGCCGCAGCUGUUGAGGAGAAGGCAGUCGGCAAAGGCAGCUCCAGUGGGAAGAAAACCCCCGUUGCUAAGCGGGGUGGCUCGUCGAGGAGGUUGA